AUGUGGUCGACAAUCGUAUUUCUGGCUGCGGCCGUCGGCGCCUCAGCGUUCAACUUUACGACGACCACACCAACACAAUGUCAGGACUGGACGAUCACGUGGGAUGGCGGAACAGCACCGUUCUACAUGCUCAUUGUUCCGGCGGUUACUAUUACCUAUGGCCGAAUCCAAAACAUCUCGCUCCCAGUCUCUGGCAGCCCGCCCUACAGUUACACGUUCAAGCUCGAGCAGCCCACCGGCCUCGAGUUUGCGGUGGUGCUCUCGGACGCAACGGGAUGGGGCACUGGUGGUGCAAGCGACAUCCAACGUGUCCAGAUCUCGCAGGACCCGGCGUGCCUCAGCGCACUGGCCCUCGCAGACUUCUUCUUCUGGACCGAGCCGGUCGACCUCCCACAUCAAUGUAGCUCGAUGCGCGUCGCCUGGAACACGCAGAACAUCACGUACCCUUUGGGAUUACACGGGUUUGUACCAGGCGGCAGCACUUGGGACAUCCCCGUCCCGCAAGACCGACAGCUCUCCUCGGCAAAUUGGACCGUUGACAUGGAAUCUGGCACGCGGUUCCUCCUCCUAAUGACCGACGCCGGGAAAUACGGGACGGGCGGCAGCACUACGCCCAUUACAGUGCAGUUUAGCGGUAACAGCACGUGCAUGGGCCCCGACAGUCCACGAGUGACCAGCAAGCCAACGCAGACGCCGUCCGCGACGCCCUCAGCGUCGCCGUCUCCCAGUGCCGGAGGUGGUGGCUCUAACGUCGGUGCGAUUGUGGGCGGUGUCGUUGGUGGCAUCGUAGGCCUCAUUCUUGUUCUCACGGCACUGUGGUUGUUCUGCCGCCGGCGCAAGCGCAGUAGUACCGAGAACGGAGCAAUGCGCACGAGCGGCCAUGAACGCAGCGGACGCCGCCCCCACUCGGGUUUCGAAAUCGACGUCUUCGAGGGACCGUAUUCAGACGAUGCGAGAUCCGAAGCCGACCACGCUGAGGCGGACCCUCACAUGACGCCCUACACGUACGACACCCCGAACCGUAACAGCAUGCUGUCGACCGAGAGCAGCGGUUCGCAACCUCUACCGCUCCAGCCCAGCAGUGGUGCGAGCCGGCCGCGUCAGGUCGGCGAGAAGGGCAUGUUGGCUCUCAGUCGCGGGGCGAAUGUGGGGCCUCCUUUGAGCGAAUCGAGCGGUGGCACACGCGGCCGCCGCUUUGAGGAUCUCCAGACUGUAUCCGAAAUGGCGAUUGACAGCGCCAAUUCGGGGCGCCCAGUCGAUCGCGAGGCGCUCCUCGCGUUCCUCGACCCACCACCUUUGUACACUUCCAACCCCGACGAGGCGGGCGACCGGACGUCGCGGGCUUCAGGCUCGACAGACGUGCGGCCCUCAUCCAUGGCCGGACCUGGGUCCCCGCAGUCACGUCCUUCCGAGGAGCCCGCACGGCCCAACCGCCCUGAUGGACAGUAA